UUAUCUUUGCUUGUUUUCAUUUUAUCUGUAAUGAGUGUUAGUAGUCUCAAUUACGCUAGUGCAAAUGAUAUACGCCUUAUUCCACAUAGUCGCACGAUGCCCCAAUCAAGUUCAAGUUAUCGCUUAAUAGAGUAUUAUGAUGCUACAUCGCGACCAUCGAUCGGCCGUCGCCAAAGUGGGGAAUCUUCUUUGCAGAAUCCCCGCUGGGCUUGGCCCUCCGGGGCCGGCACAUCCAGUUCCUUUACAGGGUAUUAUAAUCGGUUCGUACGCCGACCCUUCGUUGACUGGGUCGUCCCUGAAGUGAAUUCUACGCUAUUACACCGCCUGCAGUCGUUUCUGACUGGUCUUCCUUCGUAUGCUACAAUAUAUACUGGUAUCAAAAAGUACCCUUACAGUUCCUUUAAUACUCACUAUUAUUAUGGAAAUGGUUCGGCAAAUCACGAAUUAUUAUCGGGACCAUAUUCGAGCCAUUCUUACACGCAACAUGGGCAUUCCAAAGGAACCAAUGUUUCGUCUGAAAUACGGCCGCCACUAUAUAACCGUUCUGCCGACAACUCUGUGGUAUCAGCUUCUUUUCUUAUGACAACGACGACACGCAGGCCACUCAUACCGAUUUUAAAUGCAGAAACUUUGAAUGGAGAUCAUUUGGACUCGGAUGAGUCAUUUCUUAAGCCCGUCGAUGGAAUGGAGUCUUAUAAUGGACAACCUAAUAACCACAAGCCACCUCCUGAGUAUGAUCCCAUGUUGCCGGGACUUCACAGGCCUCAGAUUCAGGGUCAUAGGCCUUUACCAGGGUCUAUUAAAAAAAACGGCUUAUACGAAGCGGGACCUAUAAAGACUACUAAAACCACUGACUCAACUACUUUGCCUACGACUCUAAGACCUCGUACGGCCAAACCAGCAAAAGACGCCCUCAGCAGCAGUCUAACCUUUGGUAAAUUACCAGCGAUAACGUUAGGAAAUAUUCGACACCCCAUCCAACCUUUUCUACAGGAAGACAUCUCCUCAGUGCCGGUCACUGGAGGCAAACCAGCCAUUAUCACUAAUCCUUACAUCAAUAUUGACCUUAGUCCGGAGAUUAAACUUCUCGGCAUAAAAAUCCAAAAGCAGUUCGGCCUACAAUUGGGGAUCAAAAUUGUCAAACCGCAAAGGUUUUUCCAUCGCCCAUUUUCGUUUCUCACACCGUUAAUUGGGGGUGCUGUAUUGUCUAAACCCCCGCCAGCAGACCUCGUACCAGUUCUUCCGCACGAUUCAGAUGGACACGUGGUCGAUUAUCAUCACGCAGCAGGAGCACUUCCUUCGGUCCAUUCUUCAACGCAAGGAGCUCCGCCAUUUUUGUUCGCCCCCCUUAGACCAACUCAUGACUCUCAUGAGGCACCUUAUAGCCAUUCGGAUAUCAUCAUUGGAAGGAAGUCCAGGACACCUGUUAUGGAAGAAGAAACCCAAUCGAAAGUUCGAAUGAGAACACCCAAAUUAUGACCCGACGCUUUCCUCGUUACUUUAUAAACAGGUUUUCUGCUGGUCACGAAUAGAAUGCUUCAAAUAUGUGUAGGCCUAAAACGACACAAUAACAUAAGAAAGAGCUAGAUAAGAAGAAUUAGCAGAAUUUUUUUGUCGCUGUCUUGCAUGCGGAAAGAAAGGUGUAGAUCUGUGUCUUAGUUGAAGCACAAACCCUCCAUUCUCAAAUUAAUGACAACCUCUAGAUGUGAUAGAAUGUAGACCUGAUUUCUCGCCGCGCAGGAGAAAACGUCAAACACAAUUUAUAUAUUUCUACUUAAUAAAAGUGCAUUCGAUUAAUCCAUUAAACAUUUAUGGCGAAGCAAAGACGUUUUUUCUUUAGCCAGGUUAGCAAUAAGUUAUUACAAAGCAUUAUCUUCUAUAUACAAAAUCACAGACAUUCUUUGGAAUGUGUACGUUUCUUUCUGCAGAGAUGAUGUCUAACUGGUUUCA